GCUUUCAAAAAUAAACUAGAUCUCUGUAGAGAUAUACAUCUCAAGGGUAAAAAGAAUCAAUAAGAGCCUUCUAUCCUUAUAGGCUGAAUUUGAGUUUAAAUUAAUUCGUUAUGAAGGUUACUGAAUUUCGUGUUUGACCCUAAAAUGAGCGGGUUUUAUGGUUAAUGACGUUAUUUGGAAAUAAAUCAACUCCGGCUGUGAUAUCUAUUAUUAGGUUGACUUAUUAGUCACCAUGUUGAGUCUGCUUAAAACAGUUUUUACAUUGCUACUGUUUUACUGUUUCUCAAUAUGCCUUACUUUUUUCAACAGCCGCUGUAUAAAAGUUGGUUUCAUUUUUUAUAAAAACCAACAUUAAUGACUAGGUUUUCCCAUAUCCUCUGUCAAUUACCCUGAUGCAUAUUAUUUUAAAGUUCCUAGUAGCCUGGUUACUGCGGUCAAUACUAUCAUGGUCUCGUGGUGUUCCAGGUAAAGAACUUGGUUGGUCAAAGUAUGUUCAGCUUGUUGCUGUUUCUGGUGCUUCGAGUGCUUUAGAUAUUGGUUUCUCUAAUUGGAGUUUUGAAUUUAUCACAGUGUCGCUAUAUACAAUGACGAAGUCGACCAGUGUCAUAUUCAUUGUCAUGUUCUCCGUGUUGUUGAAGCUGGAAAAAAAGAGACCCUCUCUAAUUAUCAUAGUUUUGCUGAUAACUUGUGGUUUAUUCAUGUUUUCCUACGAGUCUACACAGUUUGAUUACAUUGGCUUCCUGCUUGUCCUAUCAGCUUCUUUUCUUAGUGGGAUCAGAUGGUCUUUUACACAACUUCUUGUACAAGGGCAGAGUUAUGGUCUUUCUCAUCCGGUUGAUUUUAUGUAUCAUUCUCAGCCAUGGAUGGCCUUGGUUAUUUUGCCAUUUUCUGUUUAUAUAGAAGGUUUUGAACUUGCCACAGCGAAAAGCCUUUUUCGUGCGGACAGUAUCAACCAGAUAUUUGGUAAUUUAAUCCACCUAAGCAUUGGGGCUGUCUUGGCAUUUGGUCUUGAAUUCUCAGAAUAUCUGGUUGUCAGUUCUGCUUCAAGUUUAACUCUGUCAAUUGCAGGUAUAUUCAAAGAAGUUUGCACGCUGUAUUUGGCUGCAAAAUUCAACGGUGAUGUCAUAUCGAAUGUCAAUUUGAUUGGUUUCUUCGUUUGCCUAUGCGGUAUCACCUUACAUGUGGUCAUGAAAGCAGUUAGUGAAACAAGACACGUCGGGGAGAAAUCGCGUCAAUAAGAAGAGAAAGACUCCGUUGUUGGGGAGAGGUGGGGGACGCGGGACAUUGUCAUAUGACGUAACUUUCUGGAUUGACGGAGUAUAUUAGCCUUUUUGUCUUUCAUACUACUACUGGUUUGCUGUUCCAUGAUAUUACCAACUAAUUUUUGUUUUUGUUUGUUUUUUUGUUUUACUUGUUUAUUUUUAUUUGUUUAUAAAGCAGUUUUAUUGUUUGUUUUUUUGAAAAAAAUAAUCAGUU